ACUCUCUUUCAAAAGAAAUGGAGUUAUUCACCAAUGGCAACACCGUUAAGUUACGGAGCCAUCUUGAUAAGUUUAUAGUCGCAGAGAACGACCAAAAACACAUCCGUCAAAGCCGUAAAGGAGGAUAUACACGGCUAUCGGUUUGGACAGUGGAGACUGUCGUCGGUAAACCGAACCUGAUCAGAUUAAAAAGCUGCCACGGUACGUACUUAACGGCGAGCAGUAAACCAUUACUGUUAGGUAUGAACGGUGAGAAAGUGACUCAAAUGCAGUCGUCUAACAACCCUAUGGAUAUGCAAACGCACUGGGAACCGGAGGGAGAUGGGGUUUCCGUGAAGCUGAAAUCUUGGUGCGGCAAAUGGAUGAGAGCUAACGGUGGGUCGCCGCCGUGGAGAAACUCCGUUACUCACGAUGAGCCUCAUACGUCGAGAACCAAGAACUGGUUGCUUUGGGAUGUUAUUGCCGUUGAUGGUCUUGAUCUUGGAAACAUGUCUGAUGGAUAUGAGAGCUCUCUUUCUUCUCCGGUUUCCCCAAGUCUCUCCCGUUUGGGUUUCUGGUCAGCUCCAGGGUCGCCCGUUUCUGCCGUCAAGUCAAAGAAGAGUUUAGGUCGGUUCACUUCGUUUGGUUUACAUUCAAUGUCUCCGAGAUGGUCCCCAAAACUUGUAAAGAAGAAGUGGAGCUUCGACGAAAAGGAAACGGUAUCAGCGAUGGAGACUUUUCAGAACGCAAAAGCUAUUAGAAUACGUAGCAGCCACAACAAGUUUCUAGCGGCGGCUGACGACGAAGAAACAGUGAUUCAGAAAAAAAAGGGAUCAACCAAAAACGCUCAGUGGACCGUCGAACCGGUUCGAGAUUCCGAUCAUGUCAUCCGUCUUAAAAGCUGUUACGGCAAAUACUUAACCGCUUUGAACGAGCGGUUCUUACUCGGAGCUAAGGGGAAGAAAGUGAUUCAGUUAAUGCCGUUUCAACUGGAUUCAUCUGUUGAGUGGGAGCCGGUGAGAGAAGGGUCUAAAAUAUUACUCAGGACGAGAUACGGUAACUACCUCCGAGCUAACACUGGACCUCCUCCGUUGAGAAAAUCCGUCACGCACAAUAAACGUCAUUCGGCUACUCAGGAGUCGAUCUCGUGGGAGGUUGAUGUCGUCGAGAUCUUGAAGAAUCCUCUAUUCAUGGAGGAGGUGGAGUUUACUCCGUCACCAAAGAAACAGCGGAAUCCACCGCCACAUAGGAAGCCGUCGAAAUCUCCAUUGUCAGUUUCACAUUCGAAGACUCCAUCUUUUCUCUCAGGCAUAUCUGAUACAUAUCCCGAUGAGUCUCCAUUAAAAUCGGAUGGUAUGGAGUCUACUCCAUCCUCAAAGAAGAUACCGCCUUCAAUGCUGCAUAGGAGGCAGUCUUCGAAUCCGUUUUCUCUUUCAGAUUCAGAUUGUGAUGAGUCUCCGUCGAAACUGGAUGAACGAACCAUCAGUUAUCAUUUUAAUCAUCCACUCAAGGCGGAAAUGAAGUCUACUCCGUCUUCAAAGAAAACAUUACAUUACACGAAGCUGUCGAAUUCUCCUCAUUUGAAGAGUUCUUCUUCUUUUUCAGACAUAUCAAAUUCAAAUUUUGAUGAGUCUCCAUCGAAACUAGAUGAGCAAACCAUUGGUUAUCAUAUUAAUCAACCAUUCAAGGCGGAGAUGAAGUCUGCUCCGUCUCCGAAGAAGAUAAUGCAUGUAUCACCGCAUAGGAAGCCAUUGAGUUCUCCUCAUUCGAAGACUCCAUCUUCUCUUUUUGACAAAUCGUCAGAGUCAGAAUCUGAUGAUUCUCCAUCAAAAUCGGAUGAGCAAACUACCAAUUACCGUAUUAAUCAUCGAUUCAAGACGAAAAUAAAGUCUAGUCUGUCUUCAAAGAAAAUGAUGCAUCGGAAGCCGUCAAAUCCCCCUCACUCCAAGGCCCCAUCUUCUCAUUCAGACAUAUCAAAUUCAAAUUCUGACAAGUCUCUAUCGAAAUCGGAUGAGAUUGGUUAUUAUGUUAAUCAUCCAUUCAAGACGGAGAUGAAGUCUAUUUCAUCUUCGAAGAAAACGAUGCAUCUGUUGCCGCAUAGGAAGCCGUCAAAUUAUCAUCAUUCGAAGACUUCGUCGUAUUUUUUUGAUAGAUCAGAUUUAGAUUCUGAUGAGUUUCCAUCAAAAUCGGAUGAGCAAACCGUCGACAAUCAUCCAUUCAAGGCGGAGGUGAAGUUUACUUUGUCUUCAAAGAAGACGCUGCAUCCCCCACCUCAUAAGAAGCCGUUGAAUCCUUAUCUGAAGAGUCCAUCUUUUCUUUUAGACAUAUCAGAUUCAGAAUGUGAUCAGUCUCAAUCGAAGUUGGAUGGGCAGACUAUCAAUUAUCAUAAAGGAUCUCCGUUCAAAGCAGAGAUGAAGUCGAAGAAGAAGCUGCAUCCCCCGCCACAUAGGAAUUUUUCAUUGCCAGUUUCACAUUCUAGCACUCCGUAUUCUCUUUCGGACAUAUCAGAUACAGAGUAUGUUGAAUCUCCACUGCAACCGGAUGGACGAACAAUCUAUUAUCGUAUCGCUGAUGAAAGACACGUGCAAGAAAAAUCAACUGGUGGAUAUGUUUUCUCGUUUAAAGGAACCACCGUUGCAGAGCUGACUCAAAUGCUACGAGAAGAAACAUGCUUGGAAGAUGUUGUGGUGUGCACUCGCAGUCCCUUAAAUGGCAAGUUACUUCCCCUUCGUUUGCAGCUUCCUCCUAACAACGAAACACUGCAUGUCGUUCUAGUACCCUCCAAUGGUAGCCUCUAGAGAGACGUGAGUCAAUCAAUUUUUAACUUUAAGCUCUCAUAUGGAGUUACUGAAUGUUUGACUUGUUUAUUUGUUCGUUAAAUUCAUCAUUGGCAAAUGAGUGACUGGCCUUUUAUGUGGUGAAGUGUUUGGUGAGGCAUAUGAUAUGAACCUUAUAAGAAGUUAAUAAGAUAA